GCGUCGUGAUUUGGUCACGUAAAGCAUCGGGCAUCGGGCGUCGGGCAUCGCAAUCAAAUUCGACAACAGAAAACUGCCCAAAGCGCGAAAGACGCGCUCAGUCUGAUAACGUGCGGCAAGCCGUGAACAACGUGUUCGCGCUGAAUCGAUCGAUUACGGUUAAAAAGUGUGCGCGUGUUUGUGAGAGAUUUUUACGGGUUUUGCCCCAAAAUGAAAUCAGUGCCAAGUGCUGUGAUUACGUUAGUGCUCGUCUGGUUUGCCACGCCCACACGCGGCCAAUUCAAUUUCAACCGGCAAGUGCGUCAGAACUGCAUUACUCCCGAGAACUAUUAUGGCAGCUGUGUGGCAUUGAGCUACUGUCCCCAGGUGGCGGAAGUCUUCCAGUUGACCGACAGACGAACGGCCGAGAAUUAUGUGUUUGCGCUGCAACGCAGCUGCGGCACACGCAACAUCAACAGGGAUCCAGUGGUUUGCUGCACUAGACCGAUUUCUGCUCCCGUUACAGAGCGACCCACGAAUCCAUUCUUCCCACCCACUGAUGGCGGAUUUGUGGGACCACAGCCAGUGCCAACCUCAGCGCCGAACAACAAUCCCUUCUUCAGGUCGACGACACAGAGACCCACAACAGCUGCGCCAACAACAUCUGCUCCGGUGACUUCUGCUCCCAUCGUAGAGCAACGUGGCACCAGCUGUCGCAUUCCCCCAAACAAACUUGGCGAAUGCGUUGAUAUCAAGAGCUGUCAACCCAUUCUCAGUGAACUUUUGGUGAAGCGCAAUGAUCCCGAGUUUGCCAAAUAUGUGAAGGCCUCGAAUUUGAUCUGCGGCCAAAUUGGCACCAAUGUCUGUUGUCCCACUGGACAAACGGAGGCCACACGUGCUCCGAUUAAGCCCAAGAACAGCGACGCCAUUCCACGUAGUUUGUUUACUGUGGAGGAUGGUUGCGGCUACACUUUGACAACCAACAAGAAGAUCGUUGGUGGCGUCGUCUCCAAGAAAGGUGCCUGGCCCUGGAUUGCUUUGCUUGGUUACGAUGAUGGCUCCUCGUCGCCGUUUAAGUGUGGUGGCACCUUGAUCACGGCCAGACACGUUGUGACAGCAGCUCAUUGCAUUCGAGAAGAUCUCACCUUUGUGCGUCUGGGCGAACAUGAUCUGAGCGAUGACACAGAGGCCGGUCAUGUUGACAUCAAUAUAGCCAAAAAAGUCUCCCACCCCGAGUACAAUCGACGCAAUGGCCGCAGCGACAUUGCAAUGCUCUAUUUGGAACGCAACGUGGAGUUAACAUCGCUAAUCCUUCCAAUUUGUAUGCCCAGCACACGUAGCUUGCGUGCCAAGUCCUAUGUGGGCACACUUCCGUUUGUCAUUGGCUGGGGCAAGACGCAGGAGGGAGGCGAAUCGGCCACCGUGUUGAACGAACUGAUGAUACCCGUUAUGGAUAAUGAGGUCUGCCGCAGCAGUUAUGAGAAAUUGAAUCGUUACUUCAGCGAGGAUCAGUUCGACAAAGCCGUGCUCUGUGCUGGCGUCCUCUCUGGCGGCAAGGAUACGUGUCAGGGUGACUCGGGUGGUCCUCUAAUGACGUCCGAGGGUGGUGGCGUUCAAAUGCGGUUCUAUCUGAUUGGCGUUGUCUCCUAUGGCGUGGGCUGUGCCAGGCCAGAGGUGCCGGGAGUCUAUACGAGUGUGCAGUACUUUAUGGACUGGAUAAUCGAAAAGGUGCAGGAUACGCCCUGAACUUUGUAACUUUUGGAAGUUCGUUGCCCUAGUCUAACAUCUCAUGUACUUACUUACCUAAAUAAUAUUUACAUCUAUGGUGAAA